AUGGGCUGCGCGUCGAGCACCGCGCGAGGGGACGCGGAUGAUCUCCCGGGCAUGCGUCUCGUCGAUUUCACGUCCGAGAUCGCGGACGCGUACGACGUCGGGCGGAAGAUCGGGGUCGGGCAACAGGGCGCGGUGUACGCGUGCGUGGAGCGGUCGACGGGGCGGCGGUUGGUGAUGAAGGAGACGCACAUCGGCGUCUUCGGGGCGUCGCAGCGGCGGGUAGAGGCGUACAGGGAGAUUGAAUUAUUGUCGAAAAUGAAUCACCCGAGCGUGGUGAAGAUUGUCAAGGCGUAUCAGACGCCGACGGAUGUGCAGGUGGUGAUGGAGGACGCCGGGGACCGCACGCUCAUCGGGUACUUGGUGAAACUGGACGAGAGCGCGUUGACGGAGAGCGAACGCGGGAGGGAGAAACACGAGAUGUUGAGACAAAUCGUGGACGCGGUGGCGCACGUGCACGCGCGAAGCGUGGUUUUCAGAGAUUUGAAGCACGAUAACUUGGUCGUGCGCUGCGACGAGGACUGUCGAAACGCGCGCGUAACCUUGGUGGAUUUUGGGAGAGCGGCGUCGCUGAAGCGGGAGGAACGAUUGCGUAAUCUCCCACCGCUCGGGACGUCACUGUUCCAGGCGCCGGAAGUGGAAGAACGACGAGAGUACGGGCAGGCGGCGGACAUGUGGGCCGUGGGCGUUUUUACGUACUUUCUCGUAACCGGGAAGAUGCCGUUCGAGCACUCAGCGGCGGGACUGUACAAAGUUUUACGGGGAGAGUACGAACCCUUGGACGCGUCGGUGGACAGGCAAGCGAAGGAUUUGAUAUCUAAACUGCUCGUUCGUGAUCCGUCGAAGCGAAUGAACGCCGCGCAGGCCAUCACGCAUAAAUUCUUGCGUCAGGGUAACUCUGCGCACAUGCACGUGUCUCUGGGUGACUCCCUGCGGGUGCCGGCGCACAUGGAGACGGCUGCCAAGAAACAACUUCGCGCGCUCGUUAUGCAAGAGAGUCUCGAGAGACACACCGUGGGCCUUCUUGCGGAGAUGCUCACUCCGGAUGACGUGACGACUCUUCAACGCUGGCUGUCAAUGAAAGCGGAGCGCUCCGUCCAUCACGGAAGGAACAACGUGCACAAGCCGAAUCACAUGUUAGAUACGUUCGGUUCCGAAGCAGGGUCGCGUGAGGGCACCACUCACUCGGGUAAAGCAUACCAAGACGAAGUCGAGGGUCGAAAGGCAUUAAACUCUUUGUAUACGCAGAUGAAGAGAGAGCAAGCUAUCGUGGGCGAGAGCACGGAUGUGAGCUUCCAUGGAGGUAUGAAUCGAAGCGAAUCGUUCGCCAUUCUCACAGAGGCAGCGAAGGCGCUCCUUGAGGUAGAUUCUACGAAAGAUCUCACGGACGCGCUCGAACAUAGCCCGUCGCCCGACAAGAAGGGCAGCUCUCGAUUGUCGCUGGGACAGUCUCCGGGCGCUGCCCAAAACUCUUCGUCAAAACUCGAUCCCAUAUCUAGACAAAUCAGUCUGGCGCCUCGAAGUCUCGUCGGAUUCGCGCACUCGAAUGGUCUGUGCACCGUCGAUGAGCUCAUUACCGCUUGUUAUAGCGCUGGUUUGCCUCGCGUAGCCGAGGAGCUCCAGACGGUGCGAGACACGCUGAAGAGUGAGAGAGUGGCAAAGCUCAAAUCGCUCGGCGCCGAUGAGGAGGUACAAAAUGAGAGCGUCUUACUCGAUAUCAUGCUAUUCAGGUAUGAAGACUUAUUCACGAAGAUCGAAAGCGCGCAUCUUCAAGCGUUGAGAGAAAUGUCUGAGCAGCGCACAGUGACGGUGAAGGACUUGGCUAAUAUCAGUGAAGACCUGAGCGGACACGGGAGACGCGUGCGGGGAGGGGUACCAGUUAUGUAA